GACGGGCGGGCGGCAGGGAGACGUGUGCGAGCGGGAGCGGCCCGGUGUCCCGCGGCCCUCCCCGCCGCGCCCAGCGGCGAUGUCGUUAAGCGGCGGCCCCGGGCCCGGCCCUGUGGACGCCCCGCGGCUGCGGCCUCGCGCCGCCCGGAUGGCGCGACGAUCCGAGCUGCUGUGCGGGGCCGCCAUCGUGCUGGGCUGCGCCUUCCUUGUCGCCCUCAAAGUCACCUGCAGCCGAGCAAAAGAUGUAACAAUGCCAGCAAAGCUUCCAGUGAAUUUUUUCUCCACAAGAUCUCCCGUCAUCGAUCUUUUUCGGGGACAGUUAGACUAUGCAGAUCACCUUCGUCAGGACUCAGAGAUUGCAUUGUAUUUCUUCUACGCGCCGUGGUGUGGCCAGUCGGUUGCCGUGAGAGAAGAAGUAGAACAUGUGGCCAGCAGAUUGUCAGACCAGGUGCUGUUUGUUGCUAUUAAUUGCUGGUGGAACCAGGGGAAAUGUAGGAAGCAGAAGCAUUUCUUUUAUUUUCCUGUCAUACACUUAUACCACCGCAGUUUUGGACCAAUUGAAUACAAAGGCCCAAUGAGUGCUGUUUAUAUUGAAAAGUUUGUUCGCCGGGUGAUGACACCACUACUCUACAUCUCGUCUCGAUCAAAAUUACUAGAUUUCCUCUCAAAUUAUGAGCCUGGAGUUGUGGGAUAUUUUGAGUUCAACGCUUCACCGCAGCCUCCCGGUUAUUUAACCUUCUUUACGUCAGCUUUACAUUCAUUAAAGAAAGAUUACCUGGGAACAGUACGCUUCGGAGUGGUCACAGAUAAGCUUGUUGCGGAGGAGAUCUCGUUGGUGCAUUCGGGCAGUGUGUAUUUGCACAGACACAUCAACACAUCUCUUAUCUAUCCAAAUGACACCAUGAACUAUACAGCUGAGAACGUGUGCAAGUGGGCUCUGGAAAAUCGAGAGCUGCUCAUCCGCUGGCUGAGACCACAUGGGGGAAAAAGCCUUCUUCUGAACAACGAGCUGAAGAAAGGGCCGGCGCUUCUCGUGUUUGUACCUUACGACCCCUUGGCAGAAAUUCAGCCUCUGUUAGACGAAAUUACCAAAGUGGCCUUGGAAUACCACAGCUGUAACAAAAGCCAGGGAGCUGAACCAGAGCUUCAGCACUUAGGGAACAGUGAUUCACCAGCUUCUGAUUCCUCUGAUCCAGAUGCACAUAUGAAAUUGGCAGACACAUUUUUGAUAACCAAGUACCCAUGCUGUAACACAGUGGUGCUUCCGCAGUGGCACUCGAUAUCCAGAACUCACAACGUGUGUGAGCUGUGCAUUAAUCAGACGCUUGGUGUCAAACCAGAUAAAGUCAGUGUGCCACGCUGUAACUUCUUUGAGAUAGAAACAGCUUUGGACUCUUUCUACCUCCAGGAACACACCUUUUUUCAAGUUGUUUCAAGUAGCAUUGAAUGCAGCAAUUUCCUAAGUUUUUACAGUCCCUUUAGCUAUUACACUGCAUGUUGCAGAACGGUCGAUAGACAUUUUUUAAGUUUCAUUAGUUCUGAGAAGACCAUCUUUCAGACCCCUAAAGUUGCAUUUUCUUCCCAUGGGAAGAAAGAUAAUGCUGACAUCCAGAAUUCUAUUCCUCAUAUUGAGGAUAGGAACUGCUUUAUUCCUGACCUUCAUAUUGCUGGCACUAACAUUACUGGUCUGAGCUGCAGGACCAACAAAACCUUGAACCUCUAUCUGCUGGAUUCAAAUCUUUUUUGGAUAUAUGCAGAGAGACUAGGAGCAUCAAGAUCGACUCAUCGUAAGGAAUUUGCUGCCAUUGUUGACCUGAAAGAAGAGCUGCAUUAUGUCCUUGAUCAGAAUCAGUCGCUUACAGGAUCUACCCUGGAGAACUUCAUAAAGAAUUUCAGCAUUCUCUACAGUCCCUUGAAGAGGCAUCUCGUGGAUGGCACCUCAGUCCGUGUCCCUGCAGAGCGCGUCGUGGCUGAAGUGACCACCAGCACCUUCCAUCACAUUGUGUUUUCAAGUGAAAAGAAUGUCUUGCUGCUCUAUUAUGCACAGUGGUGUGGAUUCUGUGCUUCUCUCAAUCAUAUCUUUAUUCAGCUGGCUCGGCUUUUGCCUCCAGAUCAUUUCACUGUGGCAAGAAUUGAUACCACUCAAAAUGAUCUUCCUUGGGAAUUUAUGACAGACCGGCUCCCGACCAUUUUAUUUUUUCCUCAGCAGAGGAAGGAUCAAAGCGUGAAGUUCCCAGAAGACCUUCCAGUUAGCCUUCCUCAUCUUCUUAAAUUUAUUUUACAUCACUCGAGUCUUUCUUCAUCAGAGCCCUGCACCAAAGAAUGCCUCCAUAAAGAGACAGUUUUACAGCAAGGACACAUCUCCCACUUGGAGCAAGAAGUUCAGAAGUUAAGGUCAGAAAUCAGGGCCCUGCAUCAAGCCCAUGAAUCCCUUGAGGCACAGCUUUCUGAAGCCAGAAGAGAAGAACAUCGACUACAGCAGCAGAAGCACACACUGGAAAAGCAGCACAAGACUCUGCAGCUCCACAGCCAGCAGUUGCAGGCAACAUACGAUCAGAAGAAUCAGGAAUUGCUAGAAAUGGCCGAAAAGCUUCAAGAACUGGCUGACGCAUCAGAAAACCUCCUUAAGGAAAAUACAUUACUGAGAAUCCUGGUGGCAUCGAGGGAAGGAAAGCUACAGAGCAGAGACGAACCUAAAGAAGCCCUUCAGUCAGAGCAAACAGUGGCUGAUGACAGCAGUGUAUUGGUUUCAGCAGCUCUCAGCACAGAGGAGAAAAGGAUUGAUCGUGUUGAUGCCGUAGCGACAGAACACAGUAGUGAAAACAGGACAGAAUGAUUGCUUACACAAAGUCAUGAUGCCGUACUGAGUAGGUAUUUAUGCAAAUUUUAUUGAAAUCCACUGUAAAUAAAGACUUCUCCCACAUGAUCUAGAAAAAGAAAAUCAAAUGGAAUAUUUUUGUAUACUUGAACAACUUAUUAGGUACCCCAUUCUAAAGUGAAGAGAAGGAGUAUGGAAAACUUUCUGCACUUUACUAUUGCACUAACUUGCAAACACCUAUCCAUUUAAAAUUAAAGAUGCUGAUGUUUAGGGGCAGCAGCAUAAAGCAUCUCUAAGGACCAAUUAUUUUUACACCAGCUUUCUCUGUAACAGCUGCUAGAAGAAAAGCUAGACCUUUAAUGUACACUUCUCCAUAAACUUCUGAAAUUUGCCCUUUUCAUCGCAUUGUUUGCAGAAUUAAAAUGAAAUACUUCAUCUCUGUGAUCAGUGAACUUGAAUGGACAAAAUACUUUAUUCAAGAACUUCAGCACUUUGUAUCACUUUUGUAUACCAGUUACCUGACUGUCUUGAAAUCUGCAAGAGCCAUGUGUGAACUGUUACCCAGUGAAACAAAACUAAAGAAAAAUCUUACUGAAUUAA